CUGAGCAGAGUUUAUUGUCUUUCUGGCUUGUGUCUGUGUGUGAGUGUGUGUAGGGGGGAACAUGGGAGGGGCCGGGUGUGGGCCAGGGAGACGUCCACCGCCAAGCAGGCUGGCUGGGCCACUUAAUCGAUGCUGACAGAAGGAAAGAGCAGGACCCUGCCUAGCAGACCCUGAAGCCGUACCUCUGUGCCAGCAACCCACAUGAGCCUGAAGCUGGAUGACCAAGCCUCUAUGGAGGCUCAGUAUGCAGAGGAAGGCCCAGGACCCAGGAUCUCCAGAGCAGAGCCAGGAGACCGGCUGCAACCUGUGUCCCAGGCAGGGAGCUGGUGCUCCUUCCGACGCGGCUGUGCAGUGCUGGGCGCCCUGGGGAUGCUGGCUGGCGUGGGAGUUGGCUCUUGGCUUCUAGUCCUGUAUCUGUGGCCAGCAGCGUCUCAGCCCACCUCCGGGACGCCGCAGGAUGAGGAGAUGACUUUGAGCUGCUCGGAAGCUAGCAGCGAGGAUGCCCUGCUUCCCUCACUUCCCAAAACAGUGUCUUUCAGAAUCAACAGGGAGGACUUCUUGCUGGAAGUUCAGGUGAAGGCCCGGCCAGACUGGCUGCUGGUCUGCUAUGAGGGCUGGAGCCCUGCCCUGGGGGUGCAGAUCUGCCGGAGCCUUGGGCAUCUCAGACUUGCUCAUCACAAAGCAGUGAACCUGUCUGACCUCAGCCUCAGCAGCUCCCAGGCAUUUUCUCAGCUCUUGCCCAGCCUGGGAGGCCUCCUGGGAGAACAGUGGCAGCCCAGGGACAGCUGCGCUUCUGGCAGGAUUGUUUCCCUCAAAUGCUCUGAGUGUGGGGCACGGCCCCUGGCUUCUCGGAUAGUUGGCGGGCAGGCUGUGGCUCCUGGACGCUGGCCGUGGCAGGCCAGUGUGACCCUGGGCUCCCGGCACACGUGUGGGGGCUCGGUGCUGGCACCCCACUGGGUGGUGACUGCGGCACACUGCAUGCACAGUUUCAGGCUGUCUCGCCUUUCCAGCUGGCGGGUUCACGCAGGGCUGGUCAGCCACAGUGCCAUCCGGCCUCACCAGGGAGCCAUGCUGGAGAAAAUAAUCCUCCACCCCUUCUACAGCGCCCAGAGUCACGACUACGACAUUGCCCUCCUGAGGCUCCAGACGCCACUCAACUUCUCAGACACCGUCGGUGCUGUGUGCCUGCCUGCAGAGGAGCAGCGUUUUCCCAGGGGCUCCCAGUGCUGGGUGUCUGGCUGGGGCCACACGGACCCCAGCUACAGCCACAGCUCAGACAUGCUGCAGGACACAGUGGUACUCCUGCUGAGCACUCAGCUCUGCAACAGCUCCUGCGUGUACAGUGGGGCCCUCACCUCCCGCAUGCUGUGUGCGGGCUACCUGGACGGGAGGGCUGAUGCAUGCCAGGGGGACAGUGGGGGACCCUUGGUAUGCCCAGAUCAGGGCAUGUGGCACCUGGUGGGCGUGGUCAGCUGGGGUCGUGGCUGCGCAGAGCCCAACCACCCAGGUGUCUACACCAACGUAGCUGAGUUCCUGGACUGGAUCCAUGACACUGUACAGGACUCCCUCCUCUUAAGUCCUGUGGUUUCCUCCCAUCUCAGUGCACAUCAGUGCAGUCUCAUAUCUCCUGGGCUCUCUGGCAGGUCCACUAGCUGGAGAAAACACAGCAGCCCUGCGGAUGAAGAAGGUGUGGACUGCCUACUCCUGCUCGCAUGACUGGCACCGCCCACAGGCCAGCAGCCACUGGGCCUCUCCUCUCAGGCUCUGACUUCUAGUUCCUCUGGGUUGGGAAUGGUUGCGGAGCCGGGAGAGAGACAGAAGAGGCUGCAGAGAGCAGCCAGGAGCCCGCCUUUCUGCCCUCUCCCCUCCCCAGCCCCUUGUGCAUCUUCUGGGAGGGUGCUCAGCGUCCUCCUAGCACUGCCUUCUCCCUGUGUCCUCAGGUGGGGUAAGUGCCUACCCCGAGGAUAUUCUAGCUCAGGGCCCUGGGUAUAGGAGGUCAAUGCUGGACAACCCAGAUUCAGCCAUGGAAGUCAGAAUCCUCCCAUCUCCCUGCAUGGUCUCACCUACUUCCUGUUCUUGAAAAGCCCUGCACAGGAUACUGUAAAACAAGCAGGUUGAAAUUGGAAUAGAGUGUCGGUUUUAAAAGGACUGUUCUGUGAACUGGUCCAAAGCAUUCUAUUAUUAAAUUGAAGUGAU